AUGGUAAGAGAUAGAUUUAAAAUUGAUCAACAUGUUGAUGUUAAACUAAGACUGGUAGAAAAAAGAGGAUCAGAUGGAAAAUUGUACAAUUUGCCAACAAUUUCUGAGGUAGCAGCUUUGGUGGUUGGUGAUUUUGAACCAAAUAGUUCAGAUAGAGAUAUAAUAAUUGAAAGUCAUUCUGGACAACUUAAGAGAAUAAGUGAAUUGAAUGCAGCAUACUUAGGUUUGCAAUAUUCAUUACUUUAUCCAUUUGGUGAAGAUGGAUAUAGAGAACAUAUUUUUUUAAAUGGAAUUGAUGAAUCAGCUGAUGGAAGGAAAUAUGUUAGCUCUCUUGAAUAUUUUUCAUACAAAAUUCAAGAAAGACAGAAUGAAGUACUAGCAAUUAUAUCAGCUAAAAGGUUAUUUCAACAAUUCUGUGUUGAUGGAUAUACAACGAUAGAAUCUUCACGAUUGUUAUUUUAUAUGCUCCAUCAAACAAAUUUGGGAGCUGACUUCUAUAAGGGAUUACAAGAAGUUUUUCGCAGGGAGACACUCAACCUUCUUCUCAAAGACAACGAGUAA